ACUCAUUGAUCAAUAAUAAUAUCGAGACGACGACGCUAUCUCGAUUCACAAAUUAUUUGAAGAGGGUUCUUCCAAGUGCAGAUACUCAGGUCAUGGAUUUGGCGUCGAAAGCAUUGGGAAAAUUGGCGGCACCGAGCGGCGCGGUGACCGCCAUAUUUGUACAACGGGAGGUUAACACUGCACUAGAGCAUUUACAGGGAGAUCGUCAGGAAUUAAGACGAUAUUCGGCAACUCUUGUCCUUCGUGAGCUCGCGCAGAAUGCACCAACACUUGUAUAUGGGCAUGUACCAGCAAUUUUGGAUUCUAUAUGGGUUGGUUUGCGCGACCAAAAGCAAAUCAUAAGGGAAUCCUCGGCUGGAACUUUGAGCGCAUGUUUAAAAAUUAUAGAUGAACGUGAAAGCCCACUAAGGAUUCAAUGGUAUACGAAAAUUUACGAAGAAGCAGUAAAAGGAUUAAAGCAAGGUAGUGCAGAUCAAAUACAUGGAUCCCUGUUGGUUUACCGCGAAUUGUUGAAUCAUGCGCGAGCUUUCAUGCAUGAACGUUAUAAGGUUGUGUGUGAAACUGUUCUACGCUAUAAGGAUCAUCGAGAUAGUCUCAUCCGGCGAACUGUUAUUUCCUUAAUACCUGUCUUGGCGGAAUUUGAUGACAAAGAAUUUGUCGCCUCUAAUGUUCAUAAGUGUAUGGCAUAUCUUUUAGCACAACUUAAAAAAGACCGAGACAGAUCCAGCUCCUUUAUUGCUAUUGGCCAAGUUGCUUGCGCGGUCGGUAGUAACAUAGGACCAUACCUUGAUUCUAUAUUAAGCAGUAUAAAAGAAGGAUUGACCACUAAAGGUCGUAAUCGUGGUGGAAGUGAAGCCCCAUUGUUCCAAUGUAUCGGAAUGUUGGCUCGUGCAGUAGGUCAAGCACUCACGAAACACAUGCACGAGCUCCUCGAUUUGAUGUUCGCGUGUGGGUUAAGCGAACCGUUAUGUCAAGCUCUGAUGGAAUUAGCCGAAUGCAUACCACCUUUGCUCACCAACAUUCAAGAACGCCUUCUAAAUAUAUUGUCGUUUACGUUGAGCGGACAACAAUUUCGUCCUCCCGGUUCCCCCGCAUCUGAAGGACAUGAUAUUCGACGUCAUCUUGGAAAUCAAAUGUCCGAGUUGAAAGAUUCUGAUACUAUAGUGCUUGCAUUAAGAACUCUAGGAAGCUUUAAUUUUGAAGGUCAUAUUCUAAACGAGUUUGUUCGAGAUUGUGUAGUACGUUAUUUGGAACAAGAAAACAAUGAAGUCCGUGAGGCAGCUUCUUUAACUUGUUGUCAGUUGUUUGCUAAUGAUCCCAUAUUGGAUCAAACAAGCAAUCAUGCGAUUCAAGUGGUGAAUGAAGUAUUAGAAAAGCUGUUGACAGUGGGUGUUGCUGAUCCUGAUCCUAGUCCUGCGGUGGCGUCAAGUGUUUUGGCCGCAUUGGGUGAAUUGGCACGAGUGGGCGGCGAAGAUUUAAUCCCAUAUUUGGAUGAGUUGAUGCCCCUUAUAAUUGAUUCUCUUCAAGAUCAAAGCUCGAUAGUUAAGCGGGAUGCAGCUCUCAAGACAUUGGGUCAACUCACCAGCAAUACUGGCUUUGUUAUCGAACCAUAUCAAAAAUACCCGAAAUUGCUGACUAUUCUCAUCAACAUAUUAAAAACCGAACAGUCAUCUUCUAUUCGCCGAGAAACUGUCAAGCUGGUUGGGAUUCUUGGUGCAUUAGAUCCUUAUCGACACAAGAUUGCGCCAGCAUUCUUAGGUGUAAUGCGAACGUGUCCUAGUGGAAUGUUGGAGUUCUAUUUUCAACAACUCGGUAUCCUUGUUUCGAUCGUACACCAACAUAUUCGAAAUUAUCUUUCCGAAAUUUUUGAACUCGUGAGAAAUUUUUGGAAUCCGAGUUCUUCAAUUCAGAUAACGAUUAUUCAUCUUGUCGAAGAAAUCGCCAAAGCCCUUGAUGGCGAAUUUAAAAACCACCUUCCAACACUUCUGCCAACUAUGCUACAAAUCUUUGACGAGGACACAACUGACAAACGCCAGCCCACCCAAAGGGUAUUGCACGCUCUCGUUGUGUUUGGCACAAACAUCGAAGAAUACAUGCAUCUUGUCAUCCCUGUUGUUGUCAAAUUAUUUGAGAAACAAGAUGUGCCUCACCAGUUGCGUAAAUCGGCAAUUAUCACCAUCGGUCAAUUGUCCAAAAAACAAAAUAAUCAAGAAUUAAAGAAUGCAGCUAUGGAUACACUUUGUACCCUCGUAUUCCAAUUGGGCUCCGACUAUGCGAUAUUCAUUCCUAUGAUAAAUAAGGUUCUUCAAAAGCAACGUAUUCAACAUCCCAAUUAUGAUAUGCUGGUGUCAAAGCUUUUGAAAGGAGAACCUCUACCACCGGAGUUGGGCACCGAGGAGAGAUACGGAGAAUCACGGGUUGAAGAGACCCCGGCUGCAGAAGCAAAUGCCAAAAAAUUGCCAGUAAAUCAGUUACACUUAAAGAAUGCAUGGGAAUGCUCGCAAAGAUCAACCAAAGAUGACUGGCACGAAUGGAUUCGUCGUUUAAGUGUCGAUCUCUUGAAAGAAUCACCGUCACAUGCCCUUCGAGCUUGUGCAAGUUUGGCUGGAGUCUAUCACCCCUUGGCGAGAGAACUAUUUAAUGCGGGUUUUAUAUCGUGCUGGUCAGAAUUAUAUUAUCAAUACAAGGAUGAACUAGUUAAUUCUUUGAUGUCAGCAUUGAGAGCCCCAAACAUCCCUCCCGAGAUAGUUUCAACAAUGUUGAAUCUUGCUGAAUUCAUGGAGCAUUAUGACAAGCCUCUUCCCAUUGAUAUUAGAACACUUGCCCUUCAUUACAAGGAGCUUGAGUUUAUCACCGAAGCUACCACGGAGACGAUCGAAAAGUUGAUUCAAAUCAAUAACCAGCUUCAACUUCCCGAUGCUGCCAUCGGUAUACUCACACACGCGCAACAGACACCCGGGCUACAUCUCCAAUUAAAAGAAAAUUGGUAUGAAAAAUUAACCAGGUGGGAAGACGCCUUGGCUGCUUAUGAGAAGCGUCGUCAGAAUGAGCCAAACGAUUUUGAAGCAACGCUCGGUGUGAUGCGUUGUUUGCAUUCUUUAGGCGAUUUCGAUAGUCUUUCCGAACUUGUUCAAGAAAAAUGGCAGGAGGCUUCAACCAAACAGAGAAAGGCCAUGUCGACUUAUGCUGCGGCGGGCGCGUGGUCCUUAGGCAAAUGGAAUCUAAUGGAGGAUUACAUUCCAACAAUCAAACAAGAAUCCCCUGAUCGUUCAUUUUAUCAAGCUGUUCUUGCACUCCACAAAAAUCAAUAUGCUGAAGCUGUACGUCAUAUUGAUAAAACGCGGGAUCUUUUAGACACCGAGUUGACUGCUCUUGUGGGAGAAAGUUAUAACCGAGCAUAUAGAUAUUUUAGUGUUGUUGUUCGCGUUCAAAUGUUGGCCGAACUGGAGGAGAUCAUCACGUACAAACAGUUUGCUGAUCAGCCCGAUAGACAAGCGACCAUAAGGAAGACAUGGAUGAAGAGGUUGAAAGGUUGUCAACGUAGCGUUGAAGUCUGGCAACAGAUCCUUAAAGUCCGCGCAUUGGUCAUAUCCCCCAAGGAGAAUAUGGAAAUGUGGAUCAAGUUUGCAAACUUGUGUCGAAAGAGUGAUCGCCUUGAUUUGGCUAAAAAGACAUUGAAGCAAUUGUUGGUUGGAGAUCAAAAACAAGUUGUUCACCCAUCGACUUUGUUUCGAGCUGCACCUCAAGUGGUUUAUGCUUACUUGAAGUGGUUGUGGGCCAGUGGCGUUCGGGAAGGGGCAUUAGAGUCUUUAAGAGAAUUUACAACGGGGAUAGUAAAUGACCGGGUGGGAAAUACCGGAUUGCUCGCUCGUUGUUUCCUUAAAAAGGGUGAAUGGCAAAAGGUUCUUCAAGAAGACUGGGACCCGGAGACAAUCCCCGAAAUUCUCGAUUCAUACAGAUUUGCAACCAAAUACGACAAAGAAUGGUACAAAGCAUGGCACGCCUGGGCUCUUGCAAACUUCGAGGUGAUAUCGCAUUAUGAGAAGCUAAACUCCAUGGAUAAUUCUAAAGAAGAGCAAAAUAUUCACUAUGUCUCGGAAGAAAAUGCAAAUAUCGACGAAAUAUUAAAUUAUGUGGUUCCUUCCGUGCAAGGUUUCUUUAGAUCAAUAGCUCUUUCUAGAGGAAAUUGUUUGCAAGACACUCUUCGAUUGCUAACUUUGUGGUUCAGGUACGGAAAGCACGAAGAUGUUAGCAAAGCAAUUAAGCAAGGAUUUGGAAGCGUCAAUAUCGAUACGUGGCUUGAAGUGAUACCACAGUUAAUUGCUCGUAUUCAUGCUCCAAAUCCCAAAGUUCGCGAGUUGAUUCACCAAUUACUCGUUGAUGUUGGUAAAGAGCACCCACAGGCGUUGAUCUAUCCGUUAACUGUCGCCGCCUCCAAGUCUCAGAGUAAUGAUAGGCAAACUGCCGCGGAAGCUGUUAUGGAUAAAUUGAGGGCACACAGUGCCGUCCUUGUCGAUCAAGCCUUACUAGUGAGCAAAGAACUCAUCCGUGUUGCCAUCUUAUGGCACGAGAUAUGGAUGGAAAAUCUGGAAGAGGCAUCAAGGUUAUACUUUAUUGAUCGAAAUUUCGAUGCAAUGUUCCAAAUCUUGGAUGAAUUGCAAGAACGCCUUGAUGGCGGUGCUGAAACUUUGAGAGAGGUUUCAUUUGUACAGACUUAUGGCCGAGAACUUCAGGAAGCCGGAGGAUGGUGCAAAAAGUACAAGCAAACUGGUGACAUGACACUCCUCGCUCACGCAUGGCAGAUUUAUCAUGAGUUGUUCAAGAAAAUAACCGCUCAAGUAGGGACUAUCACCACAUUAGAACUUCAAUAUGUGUCACCCAAAUUGCUGGCUGCUCGGGACUUGGAGCUGGCAGUACCAGGCACUUACAAGAGCGGUGAACCAGUAACAAAGAUCAUGAGUUUUGUGCAGAGCGUUAGCAUAAUAUCUUCUAAACAACGCCCCAGAAAGCUCAACUUGAUAGGCAGUGAUGGAAAAGAGUAUCAAUUCUUGCUUAAAGGUCACGAGGAUCUGCGUCAAGAUGAACGUGUGAUGCAACUAUUUGGUCUGGUCAACACACUGCUAUCCGUUGACUCGGAAACAUUUAAGCGCCAUUUAAACAUUCAAAGAUACACAGUCACUCCAUUAACACCGAACAUUGGACUUCUCGGAUGGGUACCAAACUGUGACACCUUACACGCCCUUAUUCGCGAUUAUCGUGAAAGUAAAAAGAUCUUGUUAAACGUAGAACAUCGACUGAUGUUACAGAUGGCCCCUGAUUACGAUCAAUUAACGGUUAUCGAAAAAGUUGAAGUGUUUGAAUAUGCUUUAGCCAAUACGACAGGCCAAGACUUAUACAAAGUGCUUUGGCUCAAGAGCAAGAAUUCCGAAGCUUGGCUGGAUCGAAGAACAAAUUAUACUCGGUCAUUGGCACUGAUGUCGAUGAUCGAUACACGGGGAAAAUUGUUCAUAUUGAUUUCGGAGAUUGCUUUGAG